GUGGCGCACACAGUUGCGGCCAACUGAAAAUAGUAAACGGAUAGAGGAAGGAAAAAAACCACUCCACUCCAGUACUCCACGGUCCAGAGAGCGAGAGAUCAUGAGAAGCCUCAAGAACCUCCCGAUCAGCCCUCAGUUGUACUAGGAGGCGUUUGGAUCGGAGCUGGGGAAGAAGACAACCAUGGUGAUGGUCUUGGGUGGUCAGCCUGAGAACCAUCACCGGAGGCACUUACCCUGCCUCUCCCCGUCCUCCCUCCCUCGGGCGCCACUCCCCUGAUCAUAACCUGUGUGAUCCAUCAUUCUCCUUAGCUCUAGAUCAGGCCCGCCCUCUUUUCUUGGAAUCUUUGAGAAUUUCGAGUGAAACCCUUCGAUACGGCAUGAAGAGACCGAGCGGCUCCGGUUCUCGUGGCGGCGGCGGCAGUCCCGGCCUCCUUCCGAUGGUUCACUGUGAUGAUGGCUUUGUCGGCGUCGGGGUGGAGGAGGAGGCGGACGAGGACAUGGUGCUGUGCAGCGGGGGAGGGGGCGGGGGCGGGGGCGGGGAGAAGAAGCGGCGGCUGAGCACGGAGCAGGUGCGCGCGCUGGAGCGGAGCUUCGAGAUGGAGAACAAGCUGGAGCCGGAGCGGAAGGCGCGGCUGGCGCGGGACCUCGGCCUGCAGCCGCGCCAGGUCGCCGUCUGGUUCCAGAACCGCCGCGCGCGCUGGAAGACCAAGCAGCUCGAGCGCGACUAUGCUGCGCUGCGCCACUCCUACGACGUGCUCCGCGUCGACCACGAUGCCCUCCGCCGCGACAAGGACGCCCUCCUCGCUGAGAUCAAGGAGCUGAAGACAAAGCUGGGCGACGAGGACGCGGCGGCGAGCUUCUCGUCAGUGAAGGAGCCAGCGGCGUCCGACGUCGAGCCCCCUGCCGCGGCUAUGGCAGCUCAGGGCUCGUCCGAGAGCGACUCCAGCGGGGUGGUGAACGACGCUGAGAUGGCGCCGGGCAAGGUCGCGCCGGCGGCUGCCGCCGAGGCAGAGGCGGUGGUGCCGGGGACGGCGCUCCACGGCGAGGUGUUCUUCCACGGGCAGCUGCUGAAGGUGGAGGAUGACGAGGCCGCGUUCCUCGGCGACGACGACGCGGCGUGCGGGGGCUUCUUCGCCGACCUGCAGCCGCCGUCGCUGCCGUGGUGGACCGAGCCCACGGAGCACUGGACCUAAGCCGAGGCGUUCUCGAGGGGGAAUAAAGAACUCAGUAGGGGGGUUUCUGAAAUUUUUGUAAAAUGGAAUUGUACCUAGUCCUUUUUUGUCAAUUCUCCCGAACUGUCA